CCUCUGCCUCACAUUUUCUCUCCUUUGUUCAAAAUUUCAAGGCUCAUCAUUCAACUUCAUCCCAAUGAAAAUGGCUCUUGUUUAUGGGUUUUGUUUGGUGGGUCUUCUUGCAAUGGUCUCCUGUGCGCAUGCUUAUGGUGGAGGUGGAUGGGUUAACGCUCGUGCCACUUUCUAUGGAGGCGGUGAUGCUUCUGGGACAAUGGGUGGUGCUUGUGGGUAUGGAAACCUCUACAGUCAGGGGUAUGGGACAAAUACUGCAGCACUGAGCACUGCUCUGUUCAACAAUGGCUUGGGCUGUGGUUCUUGCUAUGAGAUUAGGUGUGUAAAUGACCCCAAAUGGUGCUUGCCUGGUGCCAUUGUGGUCACAGCCACCAAUUUCUGCCCACCAAACAAUGCCCUUCCUAACAAUGCUGGGGGCUGGUGCAAUCCUCCUCAGCACCACUUUGACCUCUCUCAGCCUGUCUUCCAGCACAUUGCUCAGUACAGAGCUGGUGUUGUGCCUGUUGCUUACAGAAGGGUACCUUGCGGGAGAAGGGGAGGUAUCAGAUUCACCAUCAAUGGGCACUCCUACUUCAACCUGGUCCUCAUCACAAACGUUGGUGGUGCCGGUGAUGUGCACUCUGUUUCAGUCAAAGGGUCCAGGACUGGUUGGCAAGCAAUGUCCAGAAAUUGGGGCCAGAACUGGCAAAGCAACUCCUACCUCAAUGGCCAAAGCCUCUCUUUCAAGGUCACUACCAGUGAUGGCCGCACAGUGGUGUCCUACAAUGCUGCCCCAGCUGGGUGGUCCUUUGGGCAGACCUACAGUGGUGCCCAAUUCCGCUAGGGCCCCUGCCCUCUUUAUAUUUAGCCAUUUCCUAGGGUGAUUUUUACAUAUAUAUACCAAGUAUCAAGAAGAUUAGUAUGACUCUUAGUAUACUAGGAUAUUAGUUAGUAUACUAUAGUAGUUAUUGGGUCUGUUCUGUCAGUCGUUGGCCUCUAUGUUAUGGUCAAAGUCUGAGGGGGGCUAGCUUAUUUUAAAAUGGCUCUUCAUCAUUUUAAUCUCUAAAUUUUAUCAGCGUGGGGAGUAGGGUACCCUUCUAUCUUUGGGACCCUAAACCCUUUCUUGGGUCUUGUUUUUAUUUAUAUUUUUACUUCUGCUGCAAUUGUAAGAGCUGAAGUUGGCAGAGGUGGUGGACUUUGACCACCCGCCAUGUUUGUUGAAGACUAAUGUAAAUUUCCAUUUUCCACUAGUAAUGGAUUGCUAAUUUAUUA